UUCCGAUCUGAUUAUAUACAAAGCGUAUAAGGGUGAAGAUUUCGCAAAUAAAUUUAGAUCGAUUCGAUUGUUAUUUACGUUAAAUAUCUACUUAGUUUUCCCAAAACUCCCACUAAAGUCCAUACUUCUUAAUACCUUAAGUUUCAUUUAAAGUAAUCAACGUUGACUCAAUAUACUUUAUAACGAAACUAUAAUAAACUUAUUUUUGUAACGACAAAAAAUUUCCGUAAAUGUAUGCAAGUACCGCAAAGGCGGAGAAUUUUGUGAAUAUAACGCUUGGCUUGAUUAAGGCAUCGGUAAAUCUGUGAUAAAGGACGGGGCGUGACAAUUGAGUUGUUAAACUCUUAUAAUAAUUUAAAAAGGUUAUAAUAAGUUUUACAAUAUGGGAGCUUAUUUGUCCCAUCCGAAGACGGACAAAACAUCUACAGAUCAGUUUAAUGAUUUGUUAGCCGUUGGAGCUAGCUCUAUGCAGGGAUGGCGAAACAGCCAAGAGGAUGCACAUAACUUUAUUUUAAAUUUUGACAACAAUACAUCGUUUUUUGCUGUGUAUGAUGGACACGGUGGAGCUGAGGUAGCGCAAUAUUGUGCUGACAAGUUACCAGAUUUUCUUAAGAAUCUUGAAACCUAUAAAGAUGGACAAUUUGAAGUGGCACUAAAGGAAGCAUUUUUGGGAUUUGACAAAACACUGCUUGAUCCAUCGAUAGUCAAUAUUCUUAAAAUAUUGGCGGGAGAACAUAACUUCGUCGAUGCUGAAGCGGAAGAUUACGAAGAAGAAGAUUUAGCUGAAUUGCAAGAGGAAAGCAACUUGCCUCUAAAUGAAGUUCUGGAAAAAUACAAAGGGCUUCCGCAAAGAGAUUUGGAUCUUAAGAAUUCGAACCACAGAGAAAAUUUUAAAAUGCACUCUCCAUAUUUUCGCGGGCGCCGAGCUGCAGCAUUAGCUGCUGAAGCUACUAAUAAAGCUGUAAUGGACCCCUCGGCAAAGCCAGAUGGUUCUUCAACUUCCGCAGCAGCGGCUGCAACUGCGCUAUCCGCCGAUGGUGUAGUUAAUUCUCGUUAUCCGAGCAAUGUAGUAAAUGCAAGGGCUGAGACUGUUGCCAAUAAGACUAGCAGUAUCAACAAUUUGUCCGGAAAGAAUGCUGCAUUAAAAGAUGAUUAUAUUAAUGACCAAAAUGAAGAAUCAAAUGGAACAGGUUUUAAGCGAGCGUUGGUAACUUCUAGUAACAGUAAAUUAUUCGGGACUGGUCCUAACGAUAUAACCGAAUUAAAUCAAACCGGACAAUUCUCAAAAAACGAGGUCACCAAACCAUCUACUAGUAAAGAAGCUGAAAUUAAUAUAAACAGUUCCCAAGAGGAUGAGUUCACAGACGAUGAUGCGGACUAUGAAGAAAAUGACAUUGUCAAGAGUCCUGAUACUUCAUCCGAAAGCUCUGACUGCACAGAAAAUGAUGAUGACGGUGACGAAGAUGGUAAUGAGGAUAGUGACGAAGAAGAGACUGAUGAAGACCAGAUGGCUAAUGACAAUUUUUGCGCAAAUAUGAUUGAGGAACCUGGCAAAGAUAGUGGAUGUACUGCAGUUGUAUGUUUGUUGCAAGGCCGUGACCUAUACGUGGCAAACGCAGGGGACUCGCGAUGUGUUAUAUCACGCAGUGGACUAGCUAUUGAAAUGAGUAUCGACCACAAGCCCGAAGAUGACGAAGAAGCCUCUCGCAUAAUAAAGGCAGGGGGUCGUGUCACACUUGAUGGACGCGUAAAUGGUGGCCUCAAUUUGUCUCGUGCCCUCGGAGACCACGCCUAUAAAACGAACGGAAGCCUACCAGCUGAGGAACAAAUGAUAUCUGCCCUACCUGACAUCAAGAAGCUAAUUAUCACGCCAGAGGACGAGUUCAUGGUACUGGCCUGUGAUGGUAUAUGGAAUUACAUGUCCAGUGAGGAAGUCGUAGAAUUUGUACGUUGCAGAUUAAAAGAUAACAAGAAAUUGUCAACGAUUUGUGAAGAGCUUUUUGAUAACUGUUUAGCUCCGAAUACAAUGGGUGACGGAACUGGAUGCGACAACAUGACUGCUGUAAUCGUCCAGUUUAAGAAAAAGCUGCAAGAGCUACAGUCUACCAUUCAUCCAAAUCAAACUGAAGAUAAGUUACUUAAGACAUCUGAAAAUGUUUCAGAUAGUAUAAAUGAUAACAGUGCGCCCAAACGCUGCGCAUCACCAAAUGCGUCUUCUGAAGACGCAAUACUUGAAAAAUACCACUCUAAACGAUUAAAAACGGAACUGGAACCUGCAAAAAUUAUAGGCAGAUCCCCAUCACCGAACAGUCAGAAUGAAGACCCUGGCAAGAAAGCCAUUAAGGAAGUUACUAUUACUGUAUCUUCAUCCUAAUGUUCUUGACAUUCAAAAAUGCACUCAUCUUAAUUCACAUUUAAUCGUAACAUGCAUUUUAAUUUUAGACAUAUAAGCUUGUGGAGUGAAGUGUCACAUUUUAAAAUGAUGUCGAUGACAGGAUUAUGCAAACAAAUAUUCUUUAAUAAGAACAUAUAAUAAUUAUAUUUUAAGAAGUAUAUUUCUUUCUCGUAAAUUGCUUACUAAAAUCGCAAUGAAAUAAAUCGUUUAUUUAUAAAGCAAAAA